UUUAAAUAUAGAAUUGAGUGCCUGCAGAUUUAUCAUAUUUAGAUGUAUUUGAUAGUUACUUCCUGCUUAGCAUAGGCUGAGGUACGGGAAAUCACUGCUGAGAUGUUUUGUUGUUUCUUUCUCGGUUGUGCGUAACAGCAUCUUGAUGAACCGAUCACUUUGAUGAGCGAUUUCACGGUCAGAUAAAAUGCUGAAGAUGAGCGCCUGGAAGGGGAGUCGCGGGAUGGUGAAAGGAUCCUUUUCCGCUGCCAGGCUGAAGCAGGGCUGGAACUGGGCGUUCCUGCAAUGUUGUAACACGACCUCUCCCACAUGGCAACCGUUAAAAAAGCCCUUUCUUCCCCUGCUGCAGGAAGCAACGCGGCAGCUCCUGAUGAAUCACUGCCCGCCCAGCGACGUCUGGCAGAGAGCGAUGUUGUUCAGCUGCCAGACACGGGAACUUCCCUCCAACGCGGGCACGCAGUUUUAAAAUUUAAAAAAUCUGAUUAUUUAUGUAGAUAGAUUCUUCUUUAAAGCUGCGGUAAAAGUGGGACAGAUGAGUGGCACUGGAACUCCAGGAAGUAAGUUUGCAUGACUAAUUUUCCCCAGACUUUCUGGGAUCAAAUAGCACAAAACUCCCUGAGACUGGGGCACCCAACUUAGAACACGCCUUAGCAGGCUUACUUCUUUUAUUAUAUGUUACAUGAACAGAAAAGACCUAUGUGUUACUGCGCAAAGAAAGAACAAAGCACAGCGGCUAAUGGAAAAAGAUUAGGCAUGUUCUCAGCAGCAUUCUGAAGGAUUCAGAGAGGCAGGCUUCGAGACAAGGUCUCAUGGUACCCAGUGAAUACUUUCUCUUGAAACUUGAUCCACGCCAAUGCACAGCUGAAAAAAAAAAACAAACUAGUAGACGCAUGCGUUAGCAUCGAAGAGCUGCCAUGUUAAGCUUACCUUCUCUGCCUUGUUGAGUCUGAUCUUCCAGCAGUCUCCAGAGAAGCCCAGCCUCGUUCGGUGUGAGACGACUCCGCCUCGUGAGAGCACUUAGGAAGACGACAAAGCCAUGGCUGCUCUCAUCGGCGAAAACUUUAAGUUCGUGGCGCUCUUUUUCAAGAGCAAGGACGUGGUGCUCUUCAACGGGCUCAUCGCCCUCGGUACCGUGGCCAGCCAGACGGCCUACAACGUCUUCGCCUUCGACUGCCCGUGCUCGUCCGGGCGGAACUACCGCUACGGCCUGGCGGCCAUCGGCGUGCCGGCGCUGGUCCUCUUCCUCAUCGGCAUCAUCCUCAACCGGAACACCUGGAGCCUGGUGUCGGAGGUGCGGCUGCGGGCCUGCAGGAAGCUGUCGGCGGCCGCCUCCUUCGCCCUGCUGGGCUCCGUGGUGGGCCGGGCCGCCGUCGCCCCCGUCACCUGGUCCGUGCUCUCGCUCCUCCGGGGCGAGGCCUACGUCUGCGCCCUCUCUGAAUUCGUGGACCCCUCGUCUCUGGAAGGCUACCCCCCCGGGCACGGGCCAGAGGAGAUGGCCGGGUUCCCCUGCAAGGCCGUCCCGGCCGACGCGCUGCGCUUCUGGCCCGAGAUCGAGCGCCGUCUGAAGUACGAGUCUCAGUUCCUGGGCUGGGUUUUGGUGGCGGCGACGUCCGUCACGGUGUUCCUGCUGCUGUGUCUGAAGCGCUGCUGCUCGCCCCUGGGCUACCAGCAGGAGUCGUACUGGUCCCACUUCCGCUCCAGCGAGCACCAGCUGUUCCAGCGCACCGCCGACGUCCACGCCAAAAUGCUGGCCGCCGAAAGCGUGAAGAGCUUCUUCGGCUUCGUGGCUCUGGAUAAAGAGGAGAAGGACCAGCUGCAGGAGCACCAGCAGAACAACAGCCCCAUACCCAGCUCUCUCUGGAACCAGAUCACCGGCGUCUACCUGUACAGAGAGAACAACGGCGCCCCGCUGUACAGCCGACUGAACAAGUGGUCCAACGUACCGACGGCCAACAACACGAAAACCAAAGAAGAAGAGAUGGAAAUGCUUGCCUGAGGCCUUGGCUGCGUUUUCUCGCGUGUUCAGUAGUUCUCGGACAGCGCGCGCCCGUCGUUCUCUCUGUCCGCUCAUUUCUUUGGCGCUUUCUGUCUCUUCUGAUCCUGCCGCGGUGACUCAGCGAUAGCGACGAUUAUAAAUGACAAUCAUUUGUUCUUAUUGUCAAGGCUGAAUCCAACUUCCCUCUCUCAAAGAGGUGGAAUGUAAAAAAACCCACCAGACACGUGGUAAUACAUAUAUUUAAAGACUGCUGAUUCCCGUAUCAAGUGUAAUCAAUACAUAUUUCACCGUUCAUUCUACGGAAAGACAGUAUGGCACGGGUUUUGUUCUUAUUUAUCAUGCUGCUAUGACAGCAUCAUCAUCGCAGAUCAUUUGCAUUUGGCUGUACUGCUAACUGAGGGAUAUUUAACACUUGCUCAUUAUUUAAUGGCUUUGACAAAUGCGCACAAAUAUCCAUAAUAAUAGCAAUGUAUUCAGGGUUUAUGAAACUGGUUAAAUAUGCUUCAAUUACCUCUGUAUGCAAGGGGAUAUGUUUUCUGUGUUUUUUUCCUUGCAUAAAUUGCAGAUAGGAUUUUCUAGAAUGAGUAAGCCCAAGUAAGAUAUGAGGCUUACACAUCUGUCUGCGUCUUCCUCACUCUUGCAGCUCAGUCCAGUUAUAAGUGGUCAUCAUUUUUUAAAUAAUUUUGGUGUCCUAGAGGUUGCUGAGAUUUUGACAAUGUUUGAACGCAUGUAACUCAUUUGUUUAAAGCAUCCAAAGCUACUUUUAAUCGUCUUCCUCACUGACAGGCUUACUGAAAAAAAUUAUAUCCAGAGCAUCCUGCAAAACCAACCUGUUAAGACAUCUUACCUGCACCGAAGCACAAGUUUAUGAAAAUUCCAGUGAGCACCUUUUCUUCAACUUUAAAUCGUCUGCUCACUUCUACAAACAGGGGAUCUUUUCAUGUUUGACACAAUUCUACGCUUCAUUUCAUAAAGAUUGUAGUUGAUGUCUAUAGUUAGUACAAACACAAUGUAACGCAUCAUUUCCCAGUGACCCAGUCAUUGGCCAGUAAGAUGCAAUCUUUCGAGGUUGACCUCAUUGCACUAAUCAAACUUUUGGCUGCUCAAAUGAUUGUCUUGGUGCUGUCCUCCACCUAAUGCAUCCAAAGCUGGGUUGCACUCAGAGAUAAACUUCAUAACUUCUUCAUUUUAUUGAGCACAAGGGAAGAACUGAGCAGAAAUAUUUUAUUUUCUUUAUAAGUUUCUAAGUAUUGAACCUCUUCUCUAUUUUGUGAGUAUAAAAAUGCAACUGUCCGCACAAGGCCCUGGGGUCUGACCUGGUGAGGAGAGGUUUUAAAGGGUGGAGCUGGAAGGGCUCUUCCAGGGUGAGGGACAGACUCCUCUGCUUUGGGCUGAACCCUGGCUGCUCUAAUGAAAGCCUCCUCCGUACCGUACCCUUAUGAAUGCUGUGGAGGGGGCUUCUCUACCUUAAAUAGGAAGACUGUUUGUAUAAGCCGAGACCUGCUGUGUCCCUGUGUUCCCCAGACUAUAGCAUUUCGAGGUGACCUUGUCUUCCAAUGGAGUCUGUUAAAGUACAUGCACUGUAUUGGCUUGUCCAUUUGAGCUCAUUGACAAUAGUAUGGUAUCAUAACAAGUUAUUGAUUAUGAGCUGCAAAAUGCUUUUUCGUAGAAGCAGCUCAAUUUACACUGAGAGUGCAUUUUUAUACAGUGAGAGAGCUCUGUCACGGUGGGAUCAGUACUGAGGAAUGUGUGGUGUAUGAGCAGUUCUUUGUUACCUGUCCUGGUUGCUUGGUUUCCCAGCAGCCCAGCCUACCUGCUGUCUCAUGCCAAGCGUGCCCUUUCAGGAGGAGUGCUUGCUGUUUACAUUCGCUAUGUACGUGCAUGCUCUGGGAUGCCUGUCCUUGUACUCUGUUGAUAAUAAAGUUUUUUUGGUUUGAAUGCAA